AUGGAUCUUUUGGUUGAUGUUCUUGACCCGCCUCUUUUUGAUCCGUUCUACAGCAGGAUCAAGGACUUGGUUACUGACUAUGUCUGUCUUGUUGACAGCCCGGAGGGGAUAUGGGAGAUAUCAGACAGAGAGAUUCCAUAUGCAGCAGCAUUGAGGCACGGAAUAUGCGAUAUCAUUGAAUCUACCAGCUUCUGGGAUCGACAAAGCAUAGUUAGGCAGUAUCUCAGUGCCAUGGCCAUCACAAUGGUAUUGAGCACGCUGUUCUUCUUUAUCUGUGGAAGCAUCUGCUACUAUCUUUAUUUUGACCCAGCCUUCAAAUCGCACCCGAAGUUUCUCAAGAAUCAGGUGCGACAAGAAAUACGGGAGUCUAUGCUUUCAAUCCUCUUUGUCAGUAUCUUCACAGCCCCAAUAUUUGUGGCCCAGUUUCGAGGAUACUCGAAAUUAUACGCCUCCCCCGAGGCAGGACCGGGAGAUUGGUAUGAGAUUGUCCAGUUCCCACUCUUUGUGAUCUUCUCCGAUACGGGAAUGUACUGGCUUCAUCGCAUGUUUCAUCUACCCUUGCUUUUCAACACAAUGCAUAAAGGCCACCAUCGCUAUAUCAUCCCGACGCCAUUUUCCGCCUACGCUUUCCAUCCUGUCGAGGCGUACAUAAUGAGCCUGCCAGCCCACGCUUACUGCUUUGCCCUGCCAAUGUCCAAGUUUGCGUACAUUGUGACAUUUGUUGUGACUAAUAUCUGGUCUUUUCUACUGCAUGACAACAGUGACGCUUUCCAUACCGUUCAUCACAAAAAUGUCAAAUUCAACUUUGGUCAGUUCUUGCACUCGUGGGACCGGUUGGGUGGGACCUAUCAAGACCCAGUCCGAUUUUUUUCGCCGCGGCGAUCUGGUCAAUCGAUUAAGCAGCCAGAAUAGCCCUAUAUGCUGGAGGAACUCAUAUACGGCACAAUUGGAACAGUGACAAACUACUCUACCGUAUCUUUUAAAAGUGAUGAUCAAAUGCUAGAUAGAAAGAUCAAAAAAAUAUAGAAAAGC